AAUUGAUUAUACAAGGUUUAAUUCAUCCGUCUCCCCUUCACCUCUUGAGCUCUGAUUUCAGAAAAGAUCACGAACACGAAGUUUUCAUAGUUCAGAUUCAGAAGUCGCCGAAUAUCUCUGGACCAAGCAAAUAAACUUCACACUUGCAACGCCAAGUUAGGGUUUCGUUGAGCCACUGUUUCAAAUCGGAUUUGAUUUAACAAUGACAUCGUUAGGGGCUUCUAAAGGUGUAUUGGAGAUUGCAAAGUUUGCUGUUUAUGUUACAGUUCCGAUUGGUCUUAUGUAUUUCUUCGCCAAUAACACUAACAAUCUUCACAAAUUCAUGGGCGUUCGACAAUAUGUUGUGUACCCUCCGGAGGGGCCAAGGCCACAAUCCCCAGAGGAACUAAGAGAAAUGGCUCGGGAGAUAGCUCGCAAGCGAGCCACACAAUGAUCAUAACCUAUUACAGCCUACUCGUGAACAUGCUUUUUAGUUCAUGUUAUGUGCUUAUUAAAGUGUAAUAAAAGUGCUUCCAAUAAAUUUAUUGUAAUUCUAGUAUCUUGAAUAUUGUAGUUGUAAUCAAGAUAUUCGGAAAUUAAUAGUAUGGGAAUAAUCACAAAAA